UUUGGUCUCGUUGUCAAAAACAGACUGCCUAGUCGGAAACUUUGAAAUUGGCGAAUUACAGUCAGGCUUGUUUCAGAUACUGCCAAAUCGAAAUACGCGCUUAUGAGAAGUGGGACAGUUUUGAGAAGCUAUCGUAUUCAACAAGCAGUUCAACCUUUGGGCAAAAUAAAAGAGCAUUUGUAGGAGAAAAGUGCGCGGGGCAGGUGGUGCUGUGCUCAGAUCUGAAUGGCAUGAGUUGUUGAGCAGUGCCACAGUCAUGGCAGAACUGGAGGUGGAUCAGUCCAACCUGCCCAGAGUCCAGGAGGUGUGCCAGUGUUUUGCUGUACUGGAGGAUGGCGCUUUAGCACAUAACUUACAGGAGCAAGAGAUUGAGCAGUACUACACCUCUAAUGUACAGAGGAAUCAGCUGGUACAGAAGGACAUCCGUGUAGCCAAGACACUCCAGGAUGAGGAGCAGCAGAGAGCUCAGAUGCUACAGCACCAGACCACCCGCCAGCUGGAGGAGCGGGACUUGGAGUAUGCACGCAUGAUGCAGGAGGAGAUUCAGCGUUGUGCAGAGGAGGCUCUCAGGAGGGAGGUGGAGGACGAGGAAAUAGCAAAAAGAAUACAGGAAGAGGAAGAGCUGUGUGUAAGACACAGGAGCUGUUACCAAAAUAAAGAUGAUCGAGAGUCUACAAGUGUUCCUUCACCACCGUACUCACCUUGGCCUGCUCACACUCCUCACACUGAGCAUCAAUACUACCACCAGCCUCCAAAUAGAAGGUGGCAGCACUCCCCCUCACCCACCUACUCAGACUCUGAGGAGGACCUAAUUAAGAACAGUAGGCCUAAAGUCGUAACCAAUAGGAUCCGAAUGUACAGAGACUGCAGACAAACUGUAGGACAGCAGAGAAAGCUGGUCAGCUCCAGUAGACCUUCAAGAGCUCAUUUAGAGCAAGAUAAAAGGAGCACGACCAGCCAAAGCAGCACUGUAAGCAGGGCCACAAACCUGUCAGGUGGAUGGGGUGAUGUCAUCAUGCUCAUUAAAAACGACUUGAGCGAGCAAGGCUACCUCAGUUACAGUUCUGAGGAUGAACUCUUUGAACCUGUCUAUAAGCUUGAGAGAAUACUGAGACAAAAGCAGCAAGUCUCAGAUCAGUGUCGGCUAAGUCGCCACAGCAGUGUGAGAGAAAAUCAUAGCAGAACAUGGCAGAGAGAAGGUUGUAGUCGUAGGGUGAGUUUUAGGGACAGGGACCAAGUAAGACAUGUUCACUUCCUGGACGAAAGGAGGCGGUCCAACAGUUAUCAUGGCAAUGGUUAUGGGCCAAAUGAAACUGCUCACAAUGACACUAGAGAGAGGGAUGCAGCGAUGUUAAGGGACAACCACACGCAUCCUACUCUGUUGGAUAGCCAACUCCAGACUCAAUCUAAGGGUUUUCAGCGUAACAAUUUAAUGCGACGUAGUUACCAUGGUGAUAUCAGGCUAAGCAUGAGGACAUCGGUGCAUCAAGGAACCAGAACAAGCAACCACAAUGAUUCUGACUUGUUUAUUAGAGUGAGACCUUCAAUUGAGUCAAGAACAGGACAGUUGAUGGAGGUGGAAGAGGAAGGUCUAGGUAAAUUGAGAGAUGAACUCAGAGGCAGAAACCAGCGGCAGAGAGCUCACUCAUUGGCAGAGGAGGAAAAGAGUAUAGAAAGGGACCGCAGGCAGUACUGUGGGGAACAUAGGGUCAGGCGAAGCCAAAGUGAGAACUGGCAGAUCUUUGAGGAAGAGGGAUCGAGCACAGAUGUGGAGGGGUUGGAGAGGGAGACCAGAAGGGAGGAGAGAUGGAUGGAGAGGCCACGCAAUCUCUCUCAGUCUUGCAGUGACCACUCUUCCAGAGCAGGACCUGCUUUUAGGAGUGGAACAGCUGCUCUUGACUUGGGGGAGCUUGAACAAGUGUUGUUGGAUGAGGAGCUAGCCCUCAGGCUUCAGGAACAAGAAGAGAGAUUGGCUACAGAGACUCCACAGGGUGCCUCUCCUCUUAGUAGGGUCUGUCCAGUAGGAGACUUCAGAGUGGCACAGGUUGCUCAAGAUGAGGAAAUUGCACGUUUUAUUCAGAAACAGGAAAUUAAGGCUAAACAAAGGUCUCGUGAGCUGGACCCUGUGGAACCUGGGCGAGAAUACAGGGAGAAUGUGAAUGACAAGAGAGCAGUAUGUGACAGACAGAUACAGAGGGAGAGGCAGGACUUUGAGGGACUUCAAUCCCCGUUUGAGGACUUCACCCAAGAUCAUCAGCUCUCUAGCCCUGUUUCCAUGGCAGCGCCAUCACAACCCAUCAGGAAUGUUGCAGAAGAACUAGACCCCACCUUUCAAAGAAAGGAGACCACUGAAACAGGGCUUACCAUUAACGGUCCCUGUCAAAAUCAAACUUCCCAACAAGUAGGUUUGUUAAACCCUUUGGAGGAACCUACUUUUGUGGCACCCACGAAACGACAGAGUGACAAAUUGGGUCGAGUUAAGACCAAGGAGAAGAAGGAAAAUGUGAAACAGAAAGAGAAUUGCAAGCAGCAGUGAUGCUUGACAUAUUAGUGAGUGCAAUGAACUGCAACAAUGAAUUCAUAUUCAUAAAAGAUAGAAGGUAAAAAUUUGUGUCCCAACUGUUUGGGGCUUUCCAGUCUUCUGCUUUCUCCAGCACUUGUGGGAAUUCUGUUGUAAUCAACAAAGUAAGCUUAACUUAUAAGCAAAACAGGGACACUCCAUCCAGAUAAUGCAACUGUUUACAGAUAAUGUAGCUAUUUAUCAGUGUUGAUGUAAUUUUGUUCAGUAUCUCGCUUCUUUUGGUUUAUUUGUUGUUUCAGUUUUCUUUAGCAGCUGGUAAUGGGCUAGUACAUCACCACAGAGGGAAAGCUCCCAUUGGUACUUCUUAGCAAUACAUAUUGGACUUUUUGGUUAUAUAAUAUUAUUCUAUUAUUAAAUAGAGUUGGCAUGUGGUUCUGUGAACCUCUCUGGAGGUUUUUUUUUUUUUUUUUUUUGUUCUGCGUAAUUGUUGAUCUUUGAGCAAGCAUUCUUUUAUAAGCAUCCUUACGCUGAAUUGCAGGACCAGUUUCUCACUUGGGCCCAAAGUGUUACUAUCCACACAUUUCUAUUUGUCUCUUCAUUAUUACCAAAUAUUUCAUAAAACAUUUGAAACAGAUACCACGAAACUGCCAUUUUGCAAAGACAAAUCAUACAUUUAAUGUUCUUACUAUUUAGUUUUUUGAGAGAAGGCUCAGGCUUGGGGUAUCCAGCAUAGUUAUAAAAGGCUGGAGGAAAGAAAAUUAUUAUAUGUAUUUUUAUGUUGAUGCUUAGUGGAAAUAUGUUUCCAUGUUAUCCAGUUCUGUUAUAACAAAAUGAUGGAAAUAAUAGUUAGGAAUCAUGAGUCAAUGUAUCUUCAUUGCCUGUAAGUUAAAAAAAUAAUGUGCUUUGUACAGAUGACACAAAUUCUAUAUAUAUAAUAUGCAUAUCUUUCUUGAUGUGUAUCAUCACUACCAAUAAAUAGUUUUUACAUACAGCA